CAACGCACACAGAAGAACCAACACAGCUAACACCAUGGGCCUGGUACGAUGCUACUUUUCUGUUAUUAUAGUCAGAUCAUUCCUGUACCUGGUAGGAUACUUCAGAUCAUUACUAUACCUGGGGAGUUCUCAUCCAAAGCCGUUCCCAGGAGACAUCUUGGAGUUUCCUCGGAAUAAAUACUUCUCCCAUUUCGGAAUUUACUACGGAGAGAGAGAUGGAGUGCCCUACGUAGCACAUCUCACCUGCAGAGACUCGGAGACGAAGCUCCUGCUUUUUGGUCGAGCCCUGAAGUCAGAGGUCAAACUGGACCCAGUGGAGGUGGUGGGACAGAGAUACAAGGUGAGGAACAUGCUGGAUGAGAUCCAUCCUCCCAGGGACUUCUACUCUGUGGUGAAGCCUGCUAUAGACGAUAUGAUGGGUAAGGAUAUCACCUUCGACAUCUUGUUCCACAACUCUGAACACCAGGCCACGCUCUUCAGAUAUGGACUCAAGAAGUCUACACAGAUUGAGAAGGUCUACAUCCAGAUCCUGCCCACCUGGAAGGAGCUGUUUAAGAAGAGGAAGUUGUAACAAUGACUACAACUCUGCCUACAGUCUGACGCCCCCCCCCCCCCCCCCCU